AUGCUGCACCCCCGGCGCAGUGCCCAGACCGUCCUACUGUGUGACCUCUGUGAAACUGUCGACCUACAGAGUCACUGUGAACUUUGUAAUGUACACUUAUGUAAGGCCUGUGUUGGGGAACACCUUUCUGAUUUAUCUAAAAAACACAAUGUCGUGUCCUUUUUACACAGGAAGUCUACUCCUAACUACCCAAAAUGUCCGACACACGCAGAUAAACAUAGCGAACUUUACUGUGAGGAAUGUGACGUUCCUGUCUGUUCUACCUGUGUCUCAAAAAAACAUAGAGGGCACAAUUUAUGUGAUGUUCUGGAAAAAUUCAGUUCUAAAACGGAAAGUUUACAAAAAGAUUUAGAGGAGCUAGAGAGCAGAAUUUGUCCCCGAUAUGAAGAAAUGGCGUCCGGUGUCCAAACUGAGAAAUCCGAGUUAGAAACGAAUUACGGGAAACUGACAACAGCUGCCGACCAACAAGGAGAAGCCUUACACCGGGAGGUCACUGCCAUUGUCAACCAGCGGAAAUCCGACAUCCAGGAGAUGAAAAAUAAACAUAUGGCUGCCUUAGAUAAAAACACAGAUGAAAUUACACAGAGAAUUACAGAACUUAGAAAGAUCAUUGAGGACCUGAAGAAAAUACUGAACACCAAGGACGUCUCUCUAACGUCUACUUACAAAUCUAGGAAUGGCGAGUUCCGACAAUUACCUCCUAAAGUCCGAGUCACAUUACCGAGUUUAUCUCCUCAGAAAAUAAACACAGAAAAGCUCCGUGAAAUGUUUGGUUCUCUGUCGCCAUUAUCCAUUAACACAGAACAAGGCGACACAAUGAAGUCAGCAGAAGCUGUAUCGUCUCCUCCAGUCAAACCACUGCUUGAUGAGCCGCGCGUCACCGCCACCAUAGACACUGGGUAUGAUACAAACGAACUAUUCAGUGUUAGCUGUCUGAGUGAAGAUCAAGUCUGGACAUGCGGGGAUAACGAAACCAUGAAGCUGCUCAACCUCCAGAGUAAACUACUGACAUCAAUACAAACCAAGUCAGGGAACAAACCAACAGACAUAGCAGUGACACGGGACGGAGAUCUUGUUUAUACUGACGAGUAUAAACACACUAUAAACUUAAUAAAGAAUAAAAAGAUACAGACCGUGAUCACACUACAGGGGUGGAGAUCUCGCAAUGUCUGCUGUACCGCGGCUAACGAUCUCCUGGUUACCAUGGACAGUGAUGAUGGAGAACCAUCCAAAGUCGUGCGUUACUCCGGCUCCACAGAGAAACAAAGCAUUCAGUUUGAUGAUCAGGGUCGUCCUCUCUACUCAUCUGGUGGUUUCUAUAAAUACCUUAGUGAGAACAAGAACCUGGAUAUCUGUGUGGCUGACCGUGGAGCUAGUGCAGUAGUGGUGGUCAAUCAGUCAGGAAAACUCCGAUUUAGAUACACUGGUCAUCCCUCUAAUACCAAGCAAUCAUUUAAUCCAUUCGGCAUCACUACAGACAGCCAGAGUCACAUCCUGACAGCAGACUGUUGGAAUCACCGUAUCCACAUCCUAGAUCAGGACGGACAGUUCCUCCGUUACAUUCAAUGUGAUUUAUGCACUCCAUGGGGUUUAUGUGUGGACAUCAGAGACAACCUCUUUGUGGCUGAGCGGUUCACUGCUAAAGUGAAGAAAAUCCAAUAUCUAUAAAAACAGUGUUAAUUACACAUCUCUACAGUGUUAAUUACAUCUACCAUCACAGUGUUAAUUACAUCUACCAACUCAGUGUUAAUUACACAUCUCUGUGGAUUUCAGUGUUAAUUACAGCUGUGUGGAUUACAAGUGUUAAUUACAUCUACAAAAUCUGUCAAUUACAUCUCUAAACAGUGUUAAUUACAGCUGUGUGUUAAUUACAGCUGUGUGUUAAUUACAGCAGAGUUUGUGAUGUGUAACUAACCUGUGUAUUGACACAGUAGAUUUGUGGUGGUUUAUUUGUGUCUGAACGUUAUUCAGUUUGUGAAUUAUGUCUUUUAUUGUUUUAUCAUGUUUUAUUGUAUAUAUAAUAGAUAAACAUUAUUCUGUGUGCUAAUUAUGUCUUUUAUUGUUUGAUCAUGUUUUAUUGUAUAUAUAAUAGAUAAACAUUAUUCUGUGUGUUAAUGAUGACUUUUAUUGUUUUAUCAUGUUUUAUUGUAUAUAUAAUAGAUAAACAUUAUUCUGUGUGUUAAUGAUGUCUCUUAUUGUUUAAUCAUGUUUUAUUGUAUAUAUAAUAGAUAAACAUUAUUCUGUGUGUUAAUGAUGACUUUUAUUGUUUUAUCAUGUUUUAUUGUAUAUAUAAUAGAUAAACAUUAUUCUGUGUGUUAAUGAUGUCUCUUAUUGUUUAAUCAUGUUUUAUUGUAUAUAUAAUAGAUAAACAUUAUUCUGUGUGUUAAUUAUGUCUUUUAUUGUUUUAUCAUGUUUUAUUGUAUAUAUAAUAGAUAAACAUUAUUCUGUGUGUUAAUUAUGUCUUUUAUUAAUUAUUUUAUCAUGUUUUAUUGUAUAUAUAUAAUAGAAAAACAUUAUUCUGUGUAUUAAUGAUGUCUUUUAUUGUUUUAUCAUGUUGCAUUGUAUAUAUAAUAAAUAAACAUUAUUCUGUGUGUUAAUUAUGUCUUUUAUUGUUUUAUCAUGUUUGAUUGUAUAUAUAAUAAAUAAACAUUAUUCUGUGUGUUAAUUAUGUCUUUUAUUGUUUGAUCAUGUUUUAUUGUAUAUAUAAUGAAUAAACUUUAUUCUGUGUGUUAA